GAAACUUGUAGAAGGAAAUUUUGUAUAUAUGGGCUGCGCAGCAAACGCGACAUUUUAGUACGUGACGAGAGGACGCAGACGUUAUUUCGUUUAAUCUACAGAAUAGAUUACAAUAAGAAUACAAUCGAACAUUCUAUAAAUCUUUUUGAAGAAAAGCAAAUCGGGUGAAAUUAGUAACGAGUAAAAGAAGGAUCGUUCAUUUGGACGAUAAAUUUAUUUAAUUUCAAAGGGACUAAUCAAAAUGGGGAAAGAUUAUUACAAAAUAUUAGGGAUACCUAAAACUGCGAGUGAUGACGAAAUAAAAAAAGCUUAUAGAAAGUUAGCUUUAAAAUAUCAUCCAGAUAAGAAUAGAAGUGCUGGUGCAGAAGAGAAAUUUAAAGAAAUAGCGGAGGCAUAUGAAGUUCUCUCAGAUUCAAAGAAGAGAGAAGUUUAUGAUAGGUAUGGAGAAGAAGGUCUGAAGGGUGGAGCAUCAGCAGAUGGAGGCAGCGGUAGCGCAUCUUACACUUUCCAUGGAGAUCCACGUGCAACUUUCGCUCAAUUUUUUGGAUCGACGACACCGUUUCAAACAUUCUUCGAAUUUGGAGGGCCUACCGCGACGCGAGUCUACAAUCUCCAUGAUGAUGAUAUGGACAUGGAAGAUCCCUUUGGUAUUGGAAUAGGGCCUACUCGUCAAGCACAAGGAAGCGCUUUCCGAUCACACUCAUUCAAUUUUGCUGGACCUACCACGGUUAAAGGAGGUGGUAAAGAUCGUGUUCAAGAUCCAGCUAUAGAGCACGAUCUCUAUAUAAGUUUAGAAGAAAUAUUACGCGGAUGCACUAAGAAAAUGAAGAUUUGCAGAAGAGUCGUUCAAGCGGAUGGUAGUACAAAAAAAGAAGAUAAAGUUCUUACGAUCAACGUGAAACCAGGAUGGAAGGCUGGCACGAAAAUUACUUUCCAAAAAGAAGGUGACCAAGGCCGUGGGAAGGUUCCAGCCGAUAUUGUUUUCAUCAUUAGAGAUAAGCCUCACCCACUCUUCAGGAGAGAAGGCAGCGAUAUUAGAUAUACCUGUAAAAUAAGCUUAAAACAAGCUUUGUGCGGUACAGUCAUCGAAGUUCCUACGCUUACAGGAGAAAAAAUCAGUAUAAACUUAACAAGAGAGAUUGUCAAGCCUAGUAAUGUAAAGAGGAUUCCAGGACAAGGUUUACCAUUCCCAAAAGAACCUUCAAAGAAAGGUGAUCUUCUGGUUUCAUUCGAUAUAAAGUUCCCUGAGACACUGUCACAAAGUGCUAGAGACAUUUUGUAUGAUACUCUACCAAACUGAAUGUAUACAAUGGAAUCAAAUCAAGAGGAUACGCAUUAUUUUAAAAGCCAAUCCUCGGAUCAUCCUGACCGAUGAAGUUAUGGAUGCAUGUACGUUCUAGUACAUAAAGUGAAGUCAAUGAAGAAGGAUGUUUUUUGGGUGAAACGAAUUUUAUUUCACCUUACAGAUAGUCAAAUGUGAUUUUUUUAUAGGAUUCGGUCACAAACAAAUGUAUGUCUUAUUUGAAAUUACAUUAGGCUUUUAAAACUGUUUGGUUUAGGUCAAGAGUUAAAGGUCUGUUAUCUAUUGUCAAAUGAAAGAUUAUCUGUCUUAGCAUAUUGUAAGAAUCCUAAGUAUUGAUUAAGAUCGAAUAUUUUAAGUUACGUAAUUAUAGAAUAAGACUUGUUAAGAUAACAAUAUUUUGUGCGAUUGCUGUCCGAAUUAUUUGUUUGUAUGUUUUAUGAAUGAGUCACAUUUAUGUGCUAUAUGAAUGGAAGAUGUAUGCUACAUACGUGAUUGCGUUGAAGUGCACUUCACGUUGAUGGUACGUCUUACUGGCAAUUCUGCACAAGUAUGUCAAAAACGAACCACCGAUCACUGUGUUCAAACGCAAAUAACAUCGCAAAAUCCUUUCAACUUUUAUUAUCGUAUAUUAAACUUAUUAUUUAUUUUAAUAAAUUUCAAAUAGAAGAGAUAGAUUCGGUAGCAACCUCUAACUCAUUUGUAAUCUCAUUAUACUAAUAUAUAUUUGCAUAUAUAUAUAUAUAGAAAUGUAUAUAAUAAUAAUAAUAUGAAGGAUGUGUGAUAAGUGGAAUUUUUUGUCGUACUUGGACAGAGUUGCCAUAAACAUAAGACGUCCUUUCUAAUAGCGAAUCAGUUUUCUUAUGCAAUACGUCUUCUUAAGUUUAACCAUUGACUAAUUAUUUGUACGCUAAAGUAAUAUGAACUAUAUAAAUUAUCGAACAGUCUAAUUGUUCGUUUUCUUGUA